AUGUUUAUCAAACCGUUCAAGGUAAAGUCGAACAUUCUCGUCACCGGCUCGGAGAAGAAGCGCCUCCGGCAGCGGCUCUCAAAGGCACUGGAAAGUGUCGAUAUUAAACCGAAUGGCGAAGAAAAUGGGUCGGAUAGUGAUAGCAACAGCGAACACCGUGAGGCAAACGGCGCGGUCGAAGAAGAGGAAAAGCCUCCCAGUCCGGACGAUUUGAUUCGCGGCGCCCUGCUAAACGCACUGAAGCUGCACGGGAAAAAAAUAACGCUUCCGCUGCUCACUAGCACCUUUUACCCGCAGUACGUGCAACCGGAGAUUCCGGAGGGUGUUGAGAUGAAGAAAAGCACGUUCAAGAAGGUGGGCACUUUCUUCAAACGGAUGGCAGAAGAGGGACUGCUCAAGAUCGAGGAAGAGAAGAAGGGCAUCGAGAAGGUAACGGCCCUGAAUCUGGACCAUCCGGCCGUUCUUUCGUUUUAUCCUUACAAGGCGGUUGCGAAAGUUUCGGAGCAGGAGUUGGCGGGCGGUCCAGGCACGGGUGGACCUGUUUCGAAUCCUCUCCUGCUGACCAAGAUGACCGAAAUGUAUGCGGUGAACGAUCGAACGAGCAAACUGUUCGGUUGUUUCAAUGUGGCCAACGGGCAAGCGCUGGAGCCGAUGCAGGUGCGAAACUAUUUGCGGGACUAUGUGGGUCGCAACAAGCUAAUCAAUCCGAACACGAAGGUCGUCACGCUGGACGAAACGCUAACGGAAGUGUGCGGUACAGGGUCGGCCGAUAGGCUCGUGGCACUAUCGGAACUGUUCGAUACGGUGCUGAACAGUAUGACGAGCACCUUCGAAAUGAAAAGCCAGAAGGGACCGGUCAUGAAGAGUGGCAAGCGGGCCGUAGUUCACUUGACAACGGCCACGCGCAGUGGCAACAAAAAGGUAACCCUCAUCAGCAAUUUGGACGAUUAUGGGAUAAACGUCGGGGAGUUUGCGAAGGCGGUAAAGCUGGGUGCGGCUGCCAGUACCACUAUGACCGAGGUGCCGGGCACGAAGGGAGAACAGCUUCAGGUUCAAGGCAAUCAUGUGAAAUUUGUGUACGAACUGCUUACCACAACCUACCAAGUGCCGAAAGCAUGCAUUACCGGGUUGGAAUUCGCGAAGGAACAGAAAAAAAAGAAGAAAAAGUAAUCGAUAAUGGCGGCAAUCGUUCCAGUAAGCGUACUACCUACAGAGGGACAAAGCUGGUUAAACAGUGCAGCACGAUUACAAUGUAAAAUAUAAA